AUGAAUACUACAGUAUGUUCAUCUCAGCCUUCUGGUCAUGCAUGCCAACAAAAUAGAAAAGAUGUUGAAAAGGAAGUCAAAGGAGACACCUCAAAGGCUGUGUUUCACCAGACUGGGGCAUUAGGGAAAUCUAAGGAAAAUGGAGGUGAACAGAUGUCCGCAUUUGUGAAUGGGAAGCAGAAUUCCUCUUUUCUUCCAAAAGCUGAGAAACAGUUUCCAUCUGACAGCAAAAUACAUAGGGGGAAAGAAAAUAAUGAUCCUCCUUUGACUGUCUCUCAUCAGCUAAAUGAAAUCUUACCAGCAGUCAUAUUUAAUGACUGUGAAGAAUUAUCAGAAAAAAUUACUCUACAGGAUUUCCCAAGGACAGUAGAAGGCUUUAAACCAGAAAAAGGUAAUUUUAUUACAGAAGUGAAAUGUGGGGCUUUCAAUGUACAAGCAGAAAUCAAGAAAAACAUUUUCUGUAAAACAGGUACAAAAUUCUCAACAAAAAGAUGCCCAGCAUGUUACCGGUUGUUUCCCACUUGGCACAUUAGGAAAUGCUGCACAACCAAAAGACACUUUCCUAAAUGCGUUAAUAAAUUGGCAGAAGAAUUAAAAUCUGAGGUGCCAUCUAAAUACAAAGGAGAAGUUGCCAGAAUAGAGAGCCCCUCACUGAAAGUAAACAUUGUAGGAAAAGAAAUUAAAGUUACAUACAUGAGUAAGAAACAGAAUAUAUUAAUUAACAUAACUCAUCCAAAAAGAAGGAGAAAAAUAAACAAACAGAGAAACAUUCCAUCCAACUACACCACAGAAGAAUCUUCCAGGCCUCCUUCACAGUCUGGUGCUAAGCACCCUGGAAAAUGUACCCUUGAAAAUAAGAAUCAAAUUGCAGAUUGUAUGCAUGUCUCCUCUCCUAAUGUUUUCACUCCCCAGAUGGAGAACUCUGACAUAUCUGUGGCUUCUCUAACUUCACCUCUUAAGAGAGAUAAAAAUAAGCCCAACUCACUGUCAUCAGGCUCAGAUGGUUCUGAGGGAGAAUCUGCCAUCUCUCGGCAGAAGGUCUUUCAAAUUAGUCAGUGUUCCCACCAAAAGUCGCAUUUCCCUACAGCUGAAAUUAUUCCCAUAAACAUUUGUCCUACUUCAUGUCAUACCCUAUAGACCACAAGUUUAAGUAAUACAGAUGUAAAUAAAAUGUCUUUUGAGGAUCCUACGGAGGAGGAUAGAGAGAGAAAAACCAAGUUUGAUGUCUCAGGAAGUAUCACAACAGACUCAAAUAUACAGCAGAGCACAGAAGGAAAUCAUUUGUUAAGUAUCAUUUCAGACAUUGUUCACAUUCAAGAAGGCUCAGAGUCUGACUUUUGCUCUUGGUCUUCUCUAAGCACACAUCUCGAAGGAGAAAAGGCAGCCAAUGCUGACUGCAAAGUCAGCAGAACUCCACCUGCAGAAGACUGUGAGAACUCAAAUGUUUUAUCUUUCCCUUCCAGUCAAAGUGCUUUGAAGCCUUCUACCUCAUUUAGUCCAUCUCACUGGGCCGCCAGACAUUUAGAGACUAAAAAGACCCCUUUUAACCACUGUGCUGAGUUUGUGAUAGACCAUGAGAAAGACCAUGGUGAUAUAACUGACAGAGACAUUAGCAAAGUCAUUUUACCUGAUGACUCUUAUGAAGACACACAGCACUUAGUGGAAAGGAAGAGUGCCCAGAGUCCAGCACUCAGACCUGUACCUUGCAGCAGCCUAGAUGCUGGGAGCCCACUCCAUGGUAUUAGCCAUAAACCUCUAAAAAUGUGCCAAUCAGAGGCCCAGGCAAAUCCCCCUGACAUGGGAGCCCCCAGCCAAACAAAAGGGCCAGUUGUGACCUUCAUAUCAAAUGAACUAGAGAGAAAACUAAUUACUCAAAAUGAUAAAGACAGCACAGUUGAUUCUAAUUGUACCCUGGGAAUGAGAAACCCUACAGAGUCACCUGGUUCUGUGGGAAAUGAUAAAAAAGCCAAAUGUCAGGUAUCAGUGGAAAAGAAUGUAUGUCACAGAGAUUCUGAAGACCUGUCCAGUAAGAUUUUCAAUGAAGUCUGUUUUCAAAUGGACUUUCCAUUAAACACUGCUGAGUCCAACUCUGCAGUGCCUGCUACUGAUGAGCUGUUUCUUAUUGAGAAAAUGCUACCCAGGGAUGCAGACCAGUAUGGUAACCAAGAUGAAAAGACCCUUGGACCAACCAGUUCUCCACAGGAGCCAGCAGAAUACCAACAGAGUGCACCAUUAAGGCCAAAUUCUGAAGGAGGUGAGAAUAAAUAUGACUCAAAGGGUAAUUGCUAUCACCAAAUAGACAUUUUGCUGUCUCCUCAGAAGCUGAAGGCUUUCAAAGAUCAGAAUUUGGAAAUCAAUAGCCUCCGAAAGUUGUCUCAGGAAUUGGCUGUAAGAGAUGAAAGAGUCAGUGAUGGUUCCCAGGAAGAUGCAAUAGACCAGUGGGCCAGGAGGAGGCAGCAACUCAAGGACGGGAAAAGAUGCAGCUCAGCAGGAGGGAGCUCAUUCACCAGCACUAUCUCUGAAGGAUCCAUCACCUCGGAUGAUGGACGUUCUGUAGAUUUUGGCUUUCGAGUUGAUAUUGAAGAAAAAGGAUUCUACACAGAGAACUUUCAUUCAGCAGCAUGGGUUUUCAGAGGAGACAAUGGGAAUCCUGAAGACAGUCCCCGAUGUCUUAGUAAAAAACCACAACCAGUAGCUGUUCGUGAGCAAACUGUGAGAUUGUUCAAAGGAACUGGAGAUUAUCCCUGGGGAUUCCGGAUUCAGUUCUCCAAACCCAUCAUGGUAACUGAAGUGGAUGCUAACAGCGCUGCCGAGGAAGCCGGGCUCCAGAUUGGAGACGUGGUGCUGUCUGUCAACGGCACCAAGGUCACCAGUGUGGCACAUGCAGAAGCUGUGCAUCUUGCAAGGAAAGGGCCAGAUAUCUUGACUCUUGUGGUGGGAUCUGACAUCAGCCACUGUCCCAAUACCCCGUGGGCAACCUGCUGUGGCUAUCUACACAAGAGGACUCACUCAGGCUUCAUGAAGGGUUGGAGGAAGAGGUGGUUUGUGCUGAAGCAUGACAGCUGCCUCCACUAUUAUAAACAUAAAAAGGAUGAAGGAAAAUUACCACCUCUAGAAGCAAUAAAAUUAGAAGGUGCCGAAGUUUCUGUCGAUAGGAGCUUGGGAAAACCAUUUGUGUUUAACUGUAUCCCUCAGUCUGGAAAUAGAAUUUUUUGCCUAUGUGCAACCUCAAACCAAGAAAUGAAAAGGUGGCUUGAAGCAAUGGACAAAGCAGCCCAUCCCAUCCACCAGAACCACGUCUGGGAAGACGUGACUCUGCACAACAGCAGCCUCCCACCCCUGGCUAUCAAAAACCCCAAGUGCCUGGGUCUCCUGCACCAGCUGGAUAGAGGCCCAGAUGUGUGGGUCCAGCACUAUUGUGUUCUGAAGGAUGGCUGCUUGUAUUUCUAUUUUAGCAUUCGCUCCACCCAGGCUUCAGGUGGCCUAUAUCUGCAAGGAUAUAAGGUGAGUGAACAGAUCCAUAGCUUCAAACAAUCAGCAACUGAACUCGAACCUCCAUCAGAAGAGUUCAAGACUUUCUAUUUCUGUGCAGAAAACAGGACAGAAAACCAAUGCUGGAUCUCACUGUUAAAUUCAAAGAGUAUGAAACAAUAUUGA